AUGACCCCCAAGGCCCGGCGGGGCGCGGGGAGCCGCCGCGCCCACCUCCCGCAGUUCAGACUCCUGGCAAACUCGGCGCGGGCGGGUCCGGGUGCGGCUCGCAGGCGCGGGCGGGGGGCGCGCGGGGCGGAGCGGGCGGGGGGCGCCAGGACGCCCCCGGGCUGCCUCCUGGGGCCGGGCGUUGACGCAGCAGAAAUUACCAGCUGGAAAAUUCCCCUUUCGGAGGUGACGGGGGAGGGACCGCGGCGGCGGCGGCGGCAGGAGGCGCCGAGGGCGAGGGGCGCGCGGCAGCCCCGUCGCCGCCGCCGCCUCCGCCUCCGCGCGCAGCCCCGCGGGGACCCCGCGUCGCCCUCGCCCGCCCCGCCCCGCCCGCGCCACCGGAGCUCAGGGACCGGAGGGGACCGGGCGGGGGUCGCUACCGCCACCCCCGGAGCCGCAGCCGGGCGCGCCGACCGCCUUCGGGAGGGCGCCCCCGCGGGGCGGGGCGCGGCGGGGCGCGAGGGGCAGGCGGCGGGGGCGCGCCCGACUCGGAGCGGCCCCGGCCCGGAGCAGCCGGCCCGGCCCGAGCCCCGGCCCCGCCGCGAUGCGCCGGCCCGGCCGCGGACAAUGAGCCGGCGCCGCUUACCUGUGACCCCAUGGGGCGCGGGCGAGGGCGGGCGCCGCGGCCGCCGGACCAGCGCGGGUGAUCGCCGCGGCCGCCGGGCGAGCGCUGCGUCCGGGCGGGUCCGAGCUGCGCGCUCGCCUCGGCUGCUGUGUCCGUCUGUCCGUCCGUCUGUCCGUCAGGCCGGCGCGCGCCCCCGCGCCGCUCCAACCCCGCGGCCCCCGCCGCCCGCGCGCGCGCCCCGCCUGCGGACCCUGACCCCGCCCCCCGGCGCGCGCCCGGCCGCUGCUGAUUGGCCCGCGCCCCGGCUCCGGCCCCGGCCACCGCCCCGGGCCCCGCCCCGCCGGCCCGGCCGCCGCCCCGCCCCUCGGUCGGCCGGCUCCGCUCGCGGGGCGGAGGGGGCCUCGGCGGGGUCGGUUCGCCUCCGCCCCCCCGUGGGCGGCCGGACAGCGGAAGUGCGGGCUGGAGCUCGCUCGGAAUUGUGGGAAGCCCCCUCUGCGGGGCUGGCGGGGGGCGGGGGCGGCGCGGCGUGGGGUCUCCAGGCGCCCGAGCCCCUUCCCACGGGGACCCAGCAGCCGGGAAACCACCGAUGGGAGAUGCGGGUCGGGACGAGGUCAACCCAACCCUGCCCGGACUGCGCCCCUGGCGUUGCCCACGCGCCUGUUCCUCGGGGGCGCGGGGUCCCCCGGCCGCAAGCUAGAAUAAGCGCUCCCACGGCGCCCAGGGGCUCGGGGCCGCGCUGUCGGGGACCUCGGCGCGCCCAGCGAGAGGCGCACCGCGGGGCAGGGGCCACGGGACAGUGCCUGCCACCGGGGCUUGAGUUUGGCCAACUGAGGAGCAUCGGCGGUCGCGCGUCGGUUCUUCCCCCCGCGAGGUCUGUCUGGGGGGUGCGGGGUCCUGCGAAGCAGCGGGUGCCCCGCUUCCCCCGCAAGCGAUCUCGAAUCGUGCUGCCCGAGAUGGGCCCUGCGCGUCCCUUCUCGCCCCCGCUGUCCUCCAGUCCUCGGGCGGGCAGAAUGGGAAGCGUGGCCCCGCAUUCUUGGCUGGCCUGUGCGGGGGCAAAGGCCACCUCGCUUCCUCUCCCGGACGCGACGGUGGGAAGGGAGGUGAUCCUGUGGCUGGCCAGCCGCGGCAAGGGAGUCGAGCACGACCUGGCCAUCCAAUGGGGAGGCGCCGCAGGCGGUCUGCGCCCUACCUCCCUACGGGCCCAGCGCCGCGGAAUUCCUGGGAAGGGCCCCUCCCAGGCCUUUCCUCCGGAGGACCCCGGGUCUGGCACCGCAGGCCCACGUUUCCUGGGCCCUCUCAGACCCCGGGCCCUUGAAGGGCAGGCUCAGUUCCAAGAGCUGCCUGGCUGGCAGGGCCCCCUGCACCACGUGCUCAGCCAGCCCUCCACCUGCCCUCCACCCCCCACUGUGUGGCUUCAGGGGGCAGAGUUGUUGGGAGGGGACCCAGCCCCACACCGGGUCUGCUCCUGUGAGGCAGAGCCCCAGAGGCGCUUUGGGAAGAAAUGUCCCUUCACCUCUCCCUUCCUAGUGUCCCCCUGGGCCAGCCCCCUCGCCAGGCCCUUCACCCCCACCCCCACCUCCCCCCCGGGCAGCGUCUCCCCCUCUACCCCAGCUGGGUUCUCUAGGGCUGUCUUCAGGGCAAUCACUGGAAACUGCCCAGAACCUGUCCCUGUCCUCUCCAAGCCCCUGCUGGAAGCGGACAGGGAGGGAGAGAGGCUGAGGGCAGGGCAGGAGACGCAGCCUAAGGAUGCCCGGGCUGUGCGCAGAAACCGCCCUCUGCGCGUCAUGCCGGGCCCCGUGGGUGGACUGGGGGCCGGCCCUGGGCUGCAGCAGAGCCCCACCCGUGGGCUGGGGGCCGCCUGGCUGAGGCUGGAGCCUGCUCCUGGGCCUGGCUCGGCCGUGUCUGCCCCAGGCCCGCACCAGGGCCCUGCCUUCCUGACCUUCACUCCAGACAGAGGCUGGGCCACACCUGCCGUGUGCCUGGGAGGGGCUGGUGUCAGAGGGCAGGGGCAGAAAGCUGGAGGUGAGGUGGGGCUGACCCGGGCGGGGCGGGAACCGGGCAGAGCAGGGGGGCGCCACGGGGCGGAGCCGCUGUCCCUAGUGCCAGCGCAUAGCCAGGCCAGCUCGGGGGUGGGCCGCAGCCUGGGCAAGCCCGGGGGCUGUGGGUGGAGCUGGUGCCUGUCCCUGCGGAUCUGUGAACAGCUUGGCCUGACUGCUGACCUUGUCCUCUCCUGGCACUUCACCUCCCACCCCACCAGGCCUCUCUCUGGGGGCCACCAGCCUGCCCCAGCCCCCCCCCCACCGCGGGCCCUGCCCCCAGGGCUCAGCUGUCUGAGGCCGGCCUGA